AUGUCAGGGACAAUGAUAAAUGACAUAAAUGACGAAUCUCGGGUCUCAAAUCAAACACCUCAAACUUCAGCAGCAGGUCAUGUUGCCCGCCGGCCGUCUCAAUAUUAUGCCAACCAUUUCGAGGAUAUCAUUGCAGACGAGAAUGUUUUUCAACUGAUUGGUUCUUCCAGUGGGCAAACGACGAUGGCCAAAACCGUCUCCGCCAAGGCGCACGCAACUCAAUGUUUUGGGGAUGUGUCCGAUACCACAUUCCAGCAGAUCUCGAAGGAUCGCUCCCGCAGCACAGAGAAGGGAAAAGUUGAGGGCCAGCAUGAUAGUGUACGCCAUGAUGCAGUUGGGCCCGGACGAAGGCUGGGCCGUGAUACCUAA